AUGGCUGCCAAGGCUGCAAAAGGCGGAGGCUCAAAUGCGAUGACAGUAACUCUUAAAAGAAGGCAAGCCGCAAUGUGGCAAAUGUGCCAAACUCAAAGCAGAGUGCGUCUAUUCAGAGCUUUCCUCGCCUUCGACUGCCUCGCAAUCGAUGAAGAGCUCGCCACAGAUUGUGACGUCCGACAUGUACAGCAUGGCCGUGGAUCUGGUGGAUACGGAUCUGGAAAACCUCUUACAUGGAGGCAAUACUUCCCGAUUGAGCAAUGCGCGUAUGCUACAGCACUUCCAAUCGGUAACUUCGCUUACGCUUGGUUGCUCCUCAAUGCAAGUCAUCAUGCACUCCUUCGUGGGAAGCAAUGCGUGGAGUCAGCCGUCUCUCAUGCAUUUGAUUCUUGCUAUAUCAUGUGCUCACCAAAGACAUCUCCAUCGUGA